AUGGCUGGCCCCCAACGGCCUGCCUCCGGCUUGCCCACCAGGAGAACAGCGACGCGGCAAACGACCAGACGUUUAGAUUCUACGGCCACAGAAAAGUCCACACCUGCAGCAACGACAGGUAAAACAGCUGUUUCGAGUUCGUCGCGGCUGAAGUCGCCAACCGAGCCGGCCAGCAUCACUGCGAAAAAAAACCAGAGAGAUUACGAGCGUGAGAUCAACGAAGAUACGAGCAUUCACGUCGUUGUGCGAUGCCGUGGGCGCAAUGAACGUGAAAUCAAAGAGAACAGCGGCGUGGUAGUGGCUACUGAGGGGGUCAAGGGAAAGACAGUGGAACUGUCGAUGGGGCCAAAUGCCGUGUCGAACAAGGCUUACACAUUCGAUAAGGUGUUCUCCGCAGCGGCUGAUCAGGUCACUGUGUACGAAGAUGUCGUUCUUCCGAUCGUUAACGAGAUGUUGGCUGGUUUCAAUUGUACCAUCUUCGCAUAUGGACAGACAGGCACAGGAAAGACAUACACUAUGUCAGGAGAUAUGACAGAUACGCUAGGGAUAUUAUCCGAUAAUGCUGGAAUCAUUCCGCGCGUUCUGUACUCGUUGUUCCACAAGCUCGAGGGUUCAGAAAGCACCGUUAAAUGCUCUUUUAUUGAGCUAUACAACGAGGAAUUGCGAGAUUUGUUGUCGGCCGAAGAAAACCACAAGCUCAAAAUUUUCGAGAAUGAAAAGAAGGGCUCGAGUGCCAGCACCCUGGUGCAGGGAAUGGAAGAAACCUGGAUCGACUCGGCACAUGCUGGAAUCACUUUACUCCAACAGGGUAGUCACAAGCGCCAGGUUGCCGCGACAAAAUGCAACGAUCUGAGUUCUCGCAGUCAUACAAUCUUCACUAUCACCGUCUAUACCAAACGAACCACCGAGACCGGCGACGAUUAUGUCAGUUCAGGAAAGCUGAACUUGGUAGACUUGGCUGGUAGCGAAAAUAUUCAACGCAGCGGCGCAGAAAACAAACGGGCGACCGAAGCUGGAUUGAUUAACAAGAGUUUGCUCACUCUUGGCCGUGUGAUCAACGCCUUGGUUGACAAGAGUCCACACAUCCCCUACAGAGAGUCGAAGCUCACACGAUUGCUGCAAGAUUCACUCGGUGGAAGAACCAAAACCUGCAUCAUUGCCACAAUCUCACCAUCCCGGAGCAAUAUGGAGGAAACGAUAUCCACUCUGGACUAUGCCUUCCGAGCGAAGAACAUUCGAAACAAACCUCAGAUCAACUACAUGGCCAAAAAGACCCUUCUUCGCGAGUUCACAUUAGAGAUCGAGAAGCUCAAAGGGGAGCUUAUCGCUACAAGACAUAGGAAUGGCGUCUACAUGUCACCUAAUGCGUACGAGCAGAUGACGAUGGAAAGCGAGUCUCGACGGAUUGUCAAUGAAGAACAAAGGGCCAAGAUCGAGUCCAUGGAAUCCAGUCUGCGGAAUAAGGUUCAGGAGCUCUUCACCUUGACUAGCAACUUCAAUAACCUCAAACAUGACCACGAAGACACUCGGAUCGCGUUGAGCGAGACCAACGACAUCCUGGAGAAGACAGAGAUUGUGCUGAAGGACACAAGAGCUAACCUCGAAGAGGAAGAAAUGCUGCGCAGAGCGCACCAGGACAUGGAGACCCAACUUCAUAGUAUCGGCUCGAAUUUGGUCUUGACCCUUGACAAGACUGUGGGCGAUGUUGAAGGACUACAUGCGAAACUCCAACGAAAGGCAGAUCUUGACGCUACGAACCGAGAGAAAUGGGAGGUCUCGGUUGAGGAAGUUGCGGAUGUGACUAGUCUGAUUGACAGUCGAGUCGGAUCGUUCAGGAGUCAGCACUCGAAGCUUGUUGAAGAUAUCACCGCCAGAAUCAGAACCUUUGUGGAAGGCGAGUUAGCCGAAUAUCACUCAAGUGGCGCUGAACUUCACGAGUUCAAUGCCUCAUUUCACAAGGCAUUCGAAGAGGCACGAGCCCAAACAUCUGAUUCGCACGGCAAGAUGAAUGAUGUACUCGAAGAGAUCAAGGUGUUGCGUGAGGAAGUCAAAGGCAAAGUCGGUGAGGGCUUGAACGGGCUGUCUGCGGCCGCUGCCCGUAUCUCCAAGGAGGUCAUUGGCGAGUUUUCGGGGUUUCAUGCACAGCUCCAUACGUCAUACAGUACCCUCGGGAAAGAUCUGAAAUCCAUGUUUGAAGACAUGGUGGCACAUGUCAAUGGCCAAAAGGCCGAGAUACACAAGCUUCGCCUACAACUGCAAGAGGCUAACCAACAAACUGUGGAAGCGAACCGCAGGGCUUCCUCUCAUCUCGCCCAAACCCUGGAAGAAGAAAGUGCUCACGCUGAAGCAGAGCGUGACAAUCUCAUGUCUCAAAUCAAGUCUUUGAUUGAAGAAUCUCGUCAGAGACAAUUUGGCCGCUUGAAGGACAGAGUCGAAUCCGUGCGGACAGAUAUGAUGACCUCCGGGGAUUCGCUGGAACAGGCGACGGUGCAGUAUGAUCGACAGGUCGAUGAAUGGGUUUUCAAGUCGGAGCAAUUUGCCAAGGAUGUUAUCGCGUCUCGUGAUGAAGUCAAGACGAAGAUGCAGAAUGAUUGGGAGGUCUUCGAUCAACGGAAUGUAUCUAUACAGAAAGUGACCGAAUCAGUCCAUGAGGAGACUGUCCGAAUUGUGGACGCCCAGAUGAAGGAUAUGAGCCGGCAAAUGGGCGCACUGGACGAUUUCGUUGCAAAGGCACGAACCCAAAGUGGUCGCUACUGCGAUGCCCAUGUCUCUAGCCUAGAGAACAUGGCGUCCAACGUCCAACAAUCCUAUACAUCAUUCCAAGAGCAUUUGGACGCAUCCCGCGAGCGGAUCACCGUUCUUCAGGAAGAGGCGCUCCAACACAAGGCGAGCCUUGAAGAGUUGACGGUUCCUUUGUCUGAUGACGUGCAAAAACCCCUUUCCAAGCUUCGUGACAACGUCCGAAAACGGCCUCUUGAGGAGUACGUCUCCACUGGAGUGACUCCCCAGAAGCGACAGUACGAAUUUCCGACGACGCUCCCACGUACCGAAUCGCACGAUGCUCUGGUGAAGAGGAUGCGAACCUCCAAGGAACUCGAGAUUUUACCAUUUAAUAACGAAGACCAGGGUUCUCAAACCUCUGUCAAUAAUUCUCCUGGUACGUCUCCAUCGAAAGGUUUCGUCUAUCACGACGUUGAGGACCAGGUAGAGGCACAACUACCCCCGUCGACCAUCACGACCCCUUCCAACAUGGGGCUUCGCGAAGUGGACGCCAAUGUGGUUGCAAAACAGCUCUCGUGCGAUGCGGAUGAUGAUUCAACAGCUAUUCACACCAAAUCGUCUACAGCAGUCACUGAGCGAGCAUCUCUAGCCGCCGAUAUUGCAGAUGAGAUCGAUGCUGCCGAUCCCCCACCUGCCAAACGUCACUGCUCUAGCUUCGGUGUCACCGAACCCAAACUACCUCAAAAGAUGCUGACCAAAAAGAUGGCCGGCAUGAUGGAAGGAAGAGAAAAUGUUCCUCUGACCGGAAACACGCGCGGUCGAAGGUUGAGAAGCAACCCGUCGGACUGA